AGUGCAACAUAUCAGUCGUAAGCUUCGUGGGGUGAGAACACGAAAAAUGAUCGCAAAAAUCAGCCUCCUCGUCUGCCUGGCGGCGUGCGCCCACGCCGGAGGUCUACUCGCGCCCGUCGCGUACGGAGGCUACGGCGGGUACUACAACAACUACCCUGCGCAGCCCGCGAUCGCCAGCCAGCACUCAAAUAUUCUGCGGUCACCUUUCAAUCUUGGACAGGUGUCGACAUACAGCAAGGCCAUCGACACCCCGUUCUCCAGCGUCCGCAAGUCUGACAUCCGCGUGAGCAACCCUGGCCUGGCUGUCGCGCCUGCUUAUGGAGGCUAUGCUGCCCCUUACGUGUCCCACGUAGGAGUUGCUGCGCCCUAUGCCGCACCAGUAGCUAAGGUGGCCACAGCUGGUCUUCUUGGCGUGGCGUACUCCGCAGCUCCGGCUGUCUCCCACAUGACCUACUCCAACGGACUUGGCCUCGCCUACGCUUGGUAAUCGUGUCGAACUCAAACUGAAGUUGCCUAGCUAGCCUAAUUGAAUGUAACGUCUAUUUAAAAGCACUGAAUGAUUCCUCUGUAUUUGUUACCUAAUAGUUUUAACAUAAUUUAUUGAUAGAAUAUAAACAUUUAGAAAAA